AGUACCACAAAAUAUCUAAAUUAAAUUUCAAACCAAAACUAGCCACCAUAGACCAAACCUCUUAAAGUCUUUAUUAGCCCCCACAUAAUAAUCUUUUUAAUACAAGAAAAAAAAAAGUUCAAGCCUUCAAAUUAUACAAACACAAAAACCUUCAAGUUUCAAUCUCUUUCUAUCUAGUUCCUAUGGAAGAUUUUCAUAGAUCAAAAUCUAUUUCAAAUGGCCACCAAAUGAAUAUGCAGCUAGAAAACUACUAUGGACCACCAAAACCUUAUGAUCUAAGAAGUUAUAGCUCUUCCUAUGUACAUGCUUCUAAGGAUUUGAAGUUGAAGAAAGGUAAAAGCUUUUCAUCUGGCUCAUCUUUUUCUAAGUCUUUGAGUUUUGUGAAUGAUCCUGAAAUUCAGAGAAAGAAGAGAGUUGCUAGCUAUAAGAUGUAUUCUGUUGAAGGGAAAGUUAAAGGAUCUUUUAGAAAGAGUUUUAGAUGGCUUAAGAAUAAGUACUCAGAGGUUGUUUAUGGUUGGUAGAGAUUUUCUUGUUUUGGAAACUUUGUAUGAAAUUUGUAAUUUUGAUUUCUUUUAAGAAAUAUGAGAUAUGAUUUAUUUAGAAGAAUUGUAGAUAAAUCAUUAUUGAGUUAUGAUCGUUUUACAUGAUUUUGGUAAGGUUUUUGAUUAUAUAUGUCAUAAAGUUACUUAAUAUUGGAAUUUAAUUGUAGUUUUUUUUUUUGUUGAGGAUUUUAAUUUUGUGUAUUCUCAUGUGUAGUAACCUUUGUAUUUGUUUGUAAUAUGUAUAAUCCAAAUAAUCUAUUUAAUA